AUGAGGGGCUCUCUUUCUCCGCCAAAGUCAGACAAGAAAAUCUGCGUUGUCGGAGCUGGAGUGAGCGGACUCCGAGCUGCUGGUCUGCUUGCAGCUGCUGGCUUCCAAGUCACAGUGCUCGAAGCACGGGAUCGCGUCGACGGACGCGUGUGUCAGAGUUCUCAGCUUGGGGGCCACCCCGUGGAUGUCGGGGCAAGUUGGAUUCAUGGGUUAGAGGGCAAUCCGAUCGUGGCCCUCGCAGAAAGGACACAGACCACGACAAUCCCCUGCGAUGCUGUCAAUUCCAUCUGCGACUCACAGGGCAUAUGGCUCGACCGAGUGUUGGCGAGGGGAUACUAUGAAGAAGUCUGGGAAAUCUUGGACCUGGCCAUGGACAAGAGCGGGCAGGAGUUUGCGUCACUUUCGGACACGGCGAAGAUGAUGGACUUCUUCCGCGCCGAGGCACAGAGUCGGCGCUCGACACAAGGCAAGCAGCCCGAUGACUAUUACGAGACUGAUGUUGCAGAUCGUGAUGCUGACAUGCACCAAGACAAUCUGCUCGUUGCUUCGACGUAUGCGGACAUCCUAGAGCGUAUAUUCUCCGCAGUCAGGGACAACGCCAUCGUGAAACUGAACUGUGAGGUUACGAAGAUUGAAAACAAGUCAGUUGGCACGGUUGGUAUCGAAGCAGCGGGCAGGACUAAAGGAACGUUCGACGAUUUCAUGGCCACAGCACCUUUGGGCUGGGUCAAACGCAGCGACAAUGUUUUCGUGCCGCCACUAGGGGACAGGAUCAAAACGGCCAUCCGCAGUCUCGGGUAUGGAAGCUUGGAAAAGCUGUUUAUCAGAUUCCCCGAAGCAUUUUGGGACGACUCGAUACGGCAUAACAAGCAUCCGUCGGUCCCUGUCGAGUCCCUCUUUCUCAGCCCAGCGUACGCAAACGACACGAAUCCCGCAAGAUGGCGCACCGAGAUCAUAUCCUUCUCAGGCUUACCGCAGCCGCUGUCGCAACCCUUCAUUAUGUUUUUCGUCUACGGACAAUGGGGACGCCACAUCACGGGCCUCGUCAGGGGCAUAAGCCAUGACUCCGAAGAAUACUAUCGAGUCGUCGCCGAGCACUUCCGGUCCUACUACUCCAAAUUCCGACCCGAACUCGGCGAGGUGUACGCCAGCGGCAUACACAUCUACAGACUGGCAGGAUGA